CAUUGAAAUGCUAUAUGGAGAUAUAUAUUUACUAGUCAGACCCGAGUGACACAAAACACAUGGGCAUGUCUCAUCUAUUUAUAUUCCGUCAAUAGUGCUACGGAUUGGAUGAAAAAUGCUUCACUCGGACCAUGAAUGUGAGAUCAAUAUGACGCAGAAUGAAAUACUAUUUCUUCCUGGUAAAGGACCCUUUCGAAAAUUGCGUAUGGCUCUGCGUCGUUCAAUUAUGGCUUCAGAAAAAAAUCCAAGUGCCUACAUAUACUUACGAAGUCGUUCCUCCAUCCUCAUGGAGAAACGUCGACAUUUGAGGAAUCAUAAGCAUGUUAUUCAUCCAUUCAGUUUGUUCAGACAGUGGUGGGACUUUAUAAUGAUAUUUGCAAUAACCGGAGGGCUACUGGCUAUUCCGUAUAAAGCAGCAUUCGUAAUGAUCGACAGAACGUUAACAUGGACUUGUGUGAAAAAUUGUGUACUUCUAAUGUGCUGGGCAGAUAUCAUCGUGAAUUUAAUGACCGGAUUCUAUGACAAAACUGACCGAAUCGUUCAUCUCAGAGAGAAGGAAAUAAUAUUACGUUAUUUAAUUCGCGGUACCUUCUUCCCAGAUCUUUUGGGAUCAAUACCAACGGACCUAAUUUUCAUAGGCAUGUGGAACGAUUGGAUCGUAGCACGUGAAUGUUCAUCCUUAGUAUAUAUAUUUCGAAUAUUUUCCAUGUACUCGUACAUAAGUAAAUUAUCACGCACAUACGAGAUACCACGUGUCUUCUACAAGCUUUCCAGUAUGAUAUUCUGUGUAAUGAUGGGAUUUCAUUGGCAAGCAUGUAUUUACUGGAUCAUACCUGUCAUGGUAACCUCAAUGAAGCUGCCUACGCAACCAUCAGCAGAAUCCUGGAUAACCAGCAGUAAACUUUGGGAUAGUGACAGUCAGUCACAAUACAUCUCAAGUUUGCUUCGCUCAGUGGCUGUUUUCACUUGUUCUGGAGAUGUUGAGAUGGCGCCGCAGACAGUCGAGGAUCAAUGGCUGGUGAUAGUGCUGCAAGUUCUAGGCUCUUUGACCUUCUGUCUCGUGAUAGCAUAUGGCAUGCAACUAUUCAAAGGUAACAACAGCUCGAAGCUCAAGUAUCAAGCAACCAUGGCUCAACUUAGGCAAUACAUGAGACACAAGCAGCUUUCUGCUCAGACUCAGAAACGCUUCGUAACCUAUUAUGAAUUUCGAUUUUAUCAUCAAUUCUUUCGCGAAAACGAGAUCCUGAACAGCCUGUCUGCGCAGAUGCGACAGGAAAUAGGGAUGCACUCGUGUCGGAAGCUGGUAGAGAACGUGACGUUCUUCAACAACUUACCUAUGUCGGUACUGGUCCGCAUAGUGGCCCUGCUGCGCUCUGAAGUCUUCCUGGCGAACGAUGUCAUCGUUCGUUCUAACCAGCCUGGCGACUGCAUGUAUUUCAUUGCCACGGGGACUGUUGCAAUUUAUACGAAUUCCGGGAAGGAGGUCUGCCACUUGGAAGACGGCGCUCAUUUUGGGGAAAUCGCGCUAGUUAUGCCGGACGAACGCAGAGUUGCUAGCGUUGUGGCUGUUGAGGUCUGCGAGCUUUAUAGGCUUGAAAGGGCUGAUUUUGCCAGGACGAUUCAUCCUUAUCCGAUGCUGUGGGAACGUAUCAAGAAGAUCGCUGUGGAACGACAUGAAAAGACGACUAUUCUUAAUGCACAAUAAACUACAGCGUCAUACUUUUACAGUGUGGCAAUAAAACGAUUAGCCGAUGCAAGUACGAAGAAUAAAACAGUGACCUUUUUU